AUGGAGGAGGAGGAGGAGGAGGAGAAGGUCCCGGCCGGCACCUUCCCCAGCUUCAUGAGCGAGGGGACGCUGCUGGCCCGGCGGGGCGAGCACGGCAAGGCCCUGGCCUGCUUCAGCAACGCUCUGAAGCUGAGGCCAGGGGACAAGCACUGCCUGGUGGCCCGCUCAAAAUGCUACCUGAGGCUUGGGGACACUGAAAACGCCCUGAAAGAUGCUGAAGCUUCUCUCCAAAGUGACAAAACAUUCUCCAAGGGACUUUACCAGAAAGCUGAAGCCCUGUACACCAUGGGGGACUUUGAGUUUGCUUUGGUCCUGUACCACCGAGGCCGCAGCCUGCAUCCAGACCUGCAGAAGCUGUCUCUGGGCAUCGAGAAAGCCCAGGAGGCCAUUGUCAACUGCAUUGGAAGUCCAUCCUCGGUGAAGCUGCAGUGCACGGAGGAGCUGCGCUUCGUCAGCAGGCAGGCAGAGAGCAAAAAGGCAAAUCAGAAACCCCAAAUCAAACUGAGCAAGGAUCAAAAAUGGGCAAAGAAAGAGAAGCCUGUGAGGAACCCAAGGGCAGAGCGACAGCUCCUCGGGGAGCUCUAUGCAGACAAGACCUACCUGGAAGAGCUGCUCAAGGAUAAAGAUCUGAUGGAGAGCAGCACAAGGCAGGGGGUGAAAGUGGCAGAGCUGGUGCAGAGGGGCAUCUCCUACCUGGAUGCCCGCAGCGAGUUCUGGCAGCAGCAGAAGCCGCUGUACGCGCGGCUGCGGGAGCGCCGGCUGCGGCAGGGCCGGGCGCGGCGCGGCGGGAGGCGGCCGGCGGAGUUUGGCAGACACCUGGCAAAGACCAUGGAGGACAUCGACAUGUUGCUGGCUGGGGGCUGCCCUGGAGAAGGCUGCCAGCAAGCUGAGUGUGUGCUGAGGGCAGUGCAGAGGUGCCCGGAGCAGGAGCUGCCCAACAAGGCUGAGCUGCUGGGAAGCCUCCACAGCCGCAUGGGCAGCGCCCAGCUGCAGAUGGGACAGGUGGAGGCAGCCCUGCAGAGCCACCAGAUGGACCUGAAGUGUGCUGAGCAGAACAAUCUGCCCGAGGCUGUGUCCAGAGCCCUCGACAACAUUGGCAGAGUCUAUACCAGGACUGGCAGGUUCCAGGAGGCCAUUGCCACCUGGGAGAAGAAGAUCCCAAUGGCCAAAUCCAGCCUGGAGAAGGCUUGGCUGUUCCAUGAGCUUGGCCAGUGCUACCUGCAGCUGAACAGAGCUGAAGCAGCCAGAGGGUAUGGAGAGAAGUCCCUGAAGGCAGCAGAGCAAGAGGGAGAUGUCGAGUGGCAGCUCCAUGCCACCUUGCUGGUGGCAGAAGCACAAGUGCAAUUAGAGGACCACUGGGCUGCCAUCCUGGCCUUCGAGAGAGCCCUUGAGAAGGCAAAGCUGAUUGGCAACAAAGCUGCCCAGAAGGCCAUCACUGCUGAUGUGGCCCAGGACAGGCCCAGUGCCCAGGUGACCCACGGGGAACGAAGGGGCUCGGCAGCGCCGGGGCCUCCGAGCAUCAGCUGCCGUCAGAGCCGGCGCAGCGCGCAGCUCCUCCGGGUGCUGAACCGGCGCUGGCCGCUGGCCCGGCCGCGAUGCGGAGCCCGGGCAGGAGGUGGCAGCACGGCCCCGCGGUGCCCGGGCAGGAGGUGGCAGCACGGCCCCGCGGUGCCUGUGCCCGGCAGGGGCUGGGGCGGUGGGUCCGGGCACGGCGGCCGUGCCGUGCAGCUCAGCACCUCGCACCGACGGCCGCCGAGUCCCGAGGGACAGGACAUGGACCAGGUGCCCUCUGAAGGUCCCUUCUAG